AUGGAGGCCCAGGGUGGAGCAGAGCUCUGCUUUCCAGAACUCCUCAACGCCUCCUGCAGGAAGCCGACGCCUCCUUGGUCCAAAGUUGUGCUCCUUCAAAUUGUCCUGUCGUCUGUGUCUGUGCUCACUGUAGCUCUCAACCUGCUCGUCAUCGUCUCAGUCUCUCACUUCAGACAACUUCACGUCCCCACCAACCUCCUCCUCCUCUCUCUGUCGGUCUCAGACUUCCUCGUGGGCCUCGUGUUCUUGCCUGGUGAAAUCCUCCGAAACACAUCCUGCUGGUUUCUUGGUGAUUUCCUCUGUUCUCUGUAUAAGUGCAUAUCCACCAUCGCUGUCACUGCCUCAGUAGGAGACAUGGUGCUCAUAUCAGUCGACCGCUAUGUGGCUAUUUGUGACCCCAUGCAUUACACCAGCAGAAUCACUGUCAGGAGAAUGAAACUCAGCAUUUUUCUGUGCUGGGUUUAUUCUGCGCUCUACAGUAAUCUGUUUUUGAAGGAUGACCUGUACCAGCCAAACAGGUUAAAUUCCUGCCACGGAGAAUGUGAGAUUCUUGUUGGUUAUAUUUCUGGAACUGUUGACCUCGUUUUGACCUUUAUUCUUCCCAUUUCUGUCAUUAUAAUUCUGUACAUGAGAGUAUUCAUGGUGGCUGUGUCUCAGGCUCGUGCCAUGCGCUCUCACGUUACAGCCGUCACCCUCCGGCGUUCAGUGGCUGUACUACCAAAGAAAUCUGAGCUGAAAGCAGCCAGGACUCUCGGUGUUCUUGUAGUUGUGUUUCUAAUAUGUUUCAGCCCAGUUUACUAUACUUCUUUUUCAGUGGAAACCUCGAUCACUUCUCCGUCAGGGUCUUUUUUAAUCUAUCUGUUCUGUUUUAACCCCUGUCUGAACCCCUUGAUCUACGCCUUGUUCUAUCCCUGGUUCAGAAAAGCUGUUAAACUGGUUGUGACUCUUCAGAUCCUGCAGCCUGGUUCCCGUGAGGCCAACGUACUGUAG